CACGCCUUUUUAAAUAAAGAAAAUGGUGUUUUAGUUUAAUGCAGAUAAACAGGAGUUGACCAUUUUUGGAAGAUGGAAAUUCUAUCGGUUUUAUCCAUGCUACAUUUAGGGAAAAUGGUGUAUUUACGAGUUUCCGCUUAUGGCAUCUCUGAGUUGUAUGAAUGUAUAACUUAACCUAUAGUAAUAAAGAUCAUGAGUUCAAUUGUGCGAACCGGACUUUCUAAAUGAAACUAGCUAGUGAAUGAGAGUAGUAGUAAUUUGCUGCUCUCUUUGAAGCGUCUGACUAAUAAAGCUAUGAAAGCAAAUAUUUACGACACUAUAGUAUUACGAUUUGUUGACUUAAGAUGACUUCCUAAAACAACCACGCGCCUUAGAUCUCGGUGAGGUUAAAGGUUACGGCCGGGAAAGCGAGCUUCUCACGGAAACGGCAUGGACGGCUCAGUCGGCGGCACGGUGUGCAAGGUGAUCGCAUCUCUGCUUUAAAACAGUUGGAGUUUGCCGUGCAGAUGACAUGUGGCAAGUGUGUGAACGCUGUGAAGGAAUCCUUAAAAGAUGUAAAAGGUGUAGAAAGUGUCAUUGUCAGCCUGGAAUCUGAGUCAGUUCUGGUGGAGACGGCACUGUCGGCUCAGGAUAUCCAAAGACUGCUGGAGAGCACGGGGCGGAAAGCAGUGCUGAAGGGUAUGGGGACCAGCCAGUCAAACAACCUCGGGGCUGCUGUAGCUAUGAUAUCAGGAGAAGGUCCCAUACAGGGCAUUGUACGCUUCCUACAGGCAUCCGAGAAGAGUUGUGUCAUUGACGGGACUCUGGAUGGCUUGGGUCCUGGGCUACAUGGAAUUCACAUUCAUGAAUAUGGUGACAUUUCUCAGGAUUGUGGAAGCUGUGGAGAGCAUUACAAUCCUGAUGGGAAUUUGCAUGGGGGGCCUGGGGACAUUAACCGGCAUGUUGGAGACCUGGGAAAUAUCUUGGCCUCUGAUAACGGACGGGCAUCUUUUAGGAUGGAGAAUGAUAGAGUGAAGGUAUGGGACAUCAUCGGUCGCUCAUUAGUGGUGGAUGAAGGAGAGGAUGACCUGGGAAAUGGUCAUCAUCCCCUGUCAAAAAUAACCGGAAACUCUGGCAGAAGAUUGGCCUGUGGCAUUAUUGCCCGAUCAGCUGGUCUAUUUGAAAAUGCCAAGCAGAUUUGCUCCUGUGAUGGAGUUACCAUCUGGGAGGAGAGAGAUUGUCCCAUAGCUGGACCCGGCAGAAAUAAGCACCACAACCCCUCCGCCAACCUUUAAGAAAAUAUUCCUCCGCCUAUAUUAUCUGUGGACUCCAACAGGCAGAAUACUGCACAGCACGGCAUAAUUACACAAUGCGGAAAACCAAAAAGAAAUCCCCUUUUACUAUUCCAGUUGCUAAUAGAAAUGCGAUCGGAAAAAAAAAUAGCUAAUAAUUACUUACUGCAGACGACUUCUGUGGACGGUGACUUUCCUUUUAUCUAUGUGUUUGCAAUGCAACUGCUUGUUUAGUUGCGCACUGCUGCGUUCUUUGUGUCCAAUGCUUUAUCGGCUAGUGGCAGGGCUCAGGAUUGAAUGCUUUGACCCUCAUGGCAUGCUAGCCAGGGUAAUGGACCAUCAAGAUGAAAGCGGUGGGCUUUUGCUUCAUGCAGAGUGUUUCACAUAGAACA